CACGGCCUGCAGGAGAGACCAAGCUGAGCACCUCAGUAACCCGGUUUGCCCAUCGGAACAGAACACACAACAAUCAUCACAAUGAAGACCAGUAAACAAUUCAUCAUCGAUUUAACGCGCAGCAAACAAGUCCUCCUCGAUGCUGUGAACGCUAUCGGGAGCGGAGACUCCUCGAAGACGAACGCAUUCAUUUCCGACUGCGGGUAUGACCUGUCCGUCGACAAUCUCAAAAACGCCAGGGGCGCCGCGGAAAGUGGGUGCCAUUUCAACAUUUCGGUUGCUGCCGGGCUUUACAAUAUCAGCGAGCCAGAGGACCUAAAAGAUCACAAGCUGAAGGUCGACCCAUCAAACGGCCGCAUCUACAUCGACGGUGCCAUUAAACGUAACGCAACGGAACCGGACGGUAAAGUAGUGUGGUCCGAUUCCGGGGAUACUUAUACUAUCACCUUUUACUUCGACUACGAAGACGAUGGCAGCCCGAAGCCGAUUACGUUCUCCGGGAACCGUAAGAACGGAAAAGGUGGCGAAGACGCCGUUAGCGGGUCGCAAAUAGUCCCGGGGAGUGCAAUCGUGGCCUUCCUGAACUCCCCUAUUCCCCUUACCACUGCUUUUAUUUGCACUGUCCUUGGAGUCUCGGCCUCCGCCAUUAUCGGAUGGAUUAUGGGCUGUCUUGAGGGCAAGGAAAGGACCGGAACUGUUGAAGUUCGACGUGCCCUCGACCUCGCGAGCGAGGCUUUCCAAAGCGUCGGUCCUCAAUACAAGCCGCCAAGCUUUGAUUAUACGGUUCCAAGCUUGAGAACCGACUUGGAGCAGAUAAUCGAACGGUCGGUUAAUCGCGAUCUGGAGAACCUCGAUCCCACCGACAGCCGUAUCCGGGAAAACGCAUCAGCGGAUGCGGUUGCAUACUUGGAGGAAAGGGUAGGGAAGACAUUGCAGUCAAGCUACAAAGAACAUUUUCGAGGAUUCGUAGACUUGCUGUCCAAAUCGCGCUACGAGCCACUGCUGUCAGACAUAGAGGCUUCAGCGGUGGAGAAAGAAAUUGGAAGUAGAAGGGAUGGUUUGAGAGCCGAGGCGCCAUAUCUCCAGAGCGCCGUUGAGUAUUGUAUUCAUAGUAGAGCCGAAAGACUUGCCCGAGAGCGGGGGGUGGUGUAUCAAGACGCUAUGGACAAGAAUAGCCAGGAGGCGCAGAGCGACCGCGCGCAAGCGACGAACAAGGAGAAAGCAAAGCAAGAUCUAGUCGACCAGGUAAAUGCCGAAACCGACGCGGCGAAGAAGGCAGAAUUAGAGCAGAAGAUUAAGAACCUAGAUACAGAGAUUGAAAAGCUCGAGUCAGAGGCAAAGGAGAAGGAGGAGAGGGCGAAGGAAGCAAAAGAACAGAGGGAUCGGGAAUUAGAGAAUGCAGAUGAGGCUGAAAAGGAAGCCAAAGAGGCGAAGGAUAAAAGGGACACUCACGCGGAGGGCGUCUAUGGUGACGGUCUCUGAUACUUUUGGCCCGGAUCUUCGUAUACACAUGUGGCCAACAGGAGAGCAUUAUUUCCGCCCUGAAUGGAGGGGAGGAGGAGGAGGAGGAGGAGGAGAAGGAUAUUGUCACAUGGCAAAGGCGUGCCAAAGUAGAUAGAAUAAAGCUAUUUUGAUAAUCUAAUUGAUUGUAUUAAAUCGUGAAAGAGAAGGC